AUGGACGCCGCUCGGGAAUUCCUCCUGCGUGGUCAGCACGUUGCUCAGCUGGCGUUGAGUCUCUAUGGCGGUCUUCUCUCCUUUGUGGCCAUCACCAGGCUGCAGAAGUACGAGGAAACUUCGAAGAAGCUUGCAGAAUGGUCGAAAGAGGCUGCCAAACAGCUGCACAAAACGCAGACCACUCAAGCUUCAGGUGCUAUGGCGAUCCUGGCUUCGAUCCUUGCCUCAGGAACCUUGGCAUUCUUUUCAAACUUUCUUCCAAAGUGGCUACAUAUUGGCUUGUCACCUGCUAUGCUCCUACUAGUCCUAUUCGCAAGAGGUCACAUCAAGAACUACUGGGCUCCGUCGGAUGGCAAGACUGUUGGAUUGAGAAUCCCACUCCCAAAGAUGGGAGAAUACAACGAGGCACAGAAGCAGACGGAGAAUCUGUUGAAAGUUUUGGAGUGGCUGGAAUACUCCUGGGUGGCGACAGCCUUCACCAAUGGCAUGCUCGUCAGCUCAUAG